AUGGAAUCGAUCUGGCUUGUAUACUUCUUGCACAGUCUGCGAUUUCAGGCGCUUGGCCGCGAUAUAUGGGCCCGCACACUGCGCUCUGGGGCGUCACUGCCGGGCGCCAGUUAUGCGCGAGAAGAUCUCCGGCUAGGGCGCGACAUUGCCGAAGAACUCGGGCCCAUCGAUCUCGUCGUUAGCCAACUGUAUUGUGUCUGGAUGCAGGAGCGUGGGUAUGCUGGAAUGGGACAUGGAAUGGACUACGACUGGGUGCUUAACGUUUCCAACCUGUGCUUGCGUAUCACGUCAACUCUCCGAUAUCGUCAUAUGGAGAGCGGGCAAGAUCGGGAAGAGUUCUUCCUCCAGCUUAGGCAACAUGGUUUGGCUUCGGAUAAGCGUCUGGCGUUCAUCCUCGCCGCCAUCACCCGCAAAAUCAAUUCGGACCUGCAAGAUAAGAUGGACACCCUCAACGUCGCCUUCAAAAUAACGGCGCCGAUUGCGGGUGCCUUUGUUCAGUCUAUCUUCAUCGUCAGCCUCUUUGGCCAUUCGACAGUCCCACGUGCCAUACCGGCAUCGGUGCACGUCGCCGUCAAAGCCAACGUCUACGUCCCACUCACGUUCAUGACAUGCGAUGGUUGGGCGCUGCUGGAUGCCGGAAGCGAGGGCGAGGGCGCGGGUCCCGCCGUGACGGACGAGGGCGGUCGGCGA